AUGGGCCGACGAGUUCCUAAGCAGAGCAUCCCGCAGGGCACAUGGUCCUUUGACCAGUUGGAAACAUGGGCGGCAGCCGGCGAAGAGGUGACAGCGGCGAGAGGUAUGCAUCCAGACGGAUGGACAGCCGAAGCAGAACCCGCAGCAAGCCUCAAAGGAGCCAGCGCCAUCGGAGUACAAGCAGACCCCGGACAGAUGGACAGCAGAAGCCGAGGGAGAGGAAGCCGAAAGGAGAGCCGCAGCCGCAGCAACGGCGCUCGCAGCCGCAGCCGCGGCAGAGGCAACCCACAACCUGCGUAUCGGAUUCCCCCUCCAGCUGGUCGAGCAGAUCCGAAGAAAGAAGUUUCCAUCACAGAGGAGCAAAGACAACACUCCAUCUCGUUGGAAGGCUAUUUAUAUGCCACUAUUGAUUUUACCAGUCCACAAGCUCAGCCUCCUUGGACGACUGAGCCAGAUGCACGGUAUACCUAUCAGACCAAGACAGAUAUCUCGGUGAUCCGGGCGAAGCUGGAUGCACUGGGAGUUGCGAUUAUCCGUUUCACGCUCAGCGGUUUCGUUCAGGUUAUCAAGCCGUAUUCCUGGGGCACGCACCUACUGGUCACGGAAGGACUUUGUUGUCGUGGCAAACAGGUGAUGAGCACUGUUAGACGGCUGCGGCCCGACUGGGAUACUCUGCUGGCCGAUUUGAAAAACGAGAUGCUGAUGCCCGAUGUCGGCUCCAGAGAUCUACAGGAAAGUUACAUCGGUGCAAAGGGCAGGAUGCCCGUGGAUGGCAUCGUGUCGAACGGAAGCACGGCACCGGACCGGCCGAAGGUGCAGGAUGUGCCGGACGACGAGGUUCUCAAUGACAUCAGUCUGAUGAAGACAUGCGGAACCAAAGAGACGGCUCUGAAAUGCAUACGCAUGCUUGACAAGUGCCUGGAGACGGGCAAGCUAGACCUAUCUGGAGAGGACAUGGCCGAGGAGAUGUUGGUGAAGACGAUCAAAGCUGUGGGCAAAAUCGGCGGCAUCAAGGGGCUGAUGCCAACCCGAACUUCAACUUUGCCGAUUGACGAGAUCAACCUCAGCGGCAACUCCCUUCUGACUCCACCAUCACCGACGGAGCAUACUGCAGCAGUCAAGGCAAACUUGAAGCGCCGAGCAGAGACGGUGCAGCUGAUAGUGCAGUUCGUUCGAGUCUCAACAGAGGCACGCACGGUCAUCUUUGAUAACUGCAACCUGGAAGGCUACAGUCAUGACAAGGACGACCUGGUCGAGCUUGAGAUAGUACGGCUGGUGAAGAAGUUCGGAGCCGGAAAGAACUCGAGGUAUGCGGAGAAAGUUUCCCUGGCUGGCAACCGCUUCGGCCAAGAGUUUUGCCGGCGCAUCAUUGAGGGUGCCUACUGGGAACGCAAUCGACAUCCCGACAGAGAGACCAUGCCAAAGCUCUUUUUGGAUUUGUCGAAAAAUCGCAUACCGCACCCGGAACGAAUCGUGGACGAGCUGAAGGAGGGGAAAACAGCUGGGGGACCUAUGAGCCUGGCGACCACAACCGACCCGGAAGAUGUUCGCAAGGAUGCGCUCAUCGUUCUGGACAUUACAGGUCAAAGAGAUCAUUCUCCUUCAGCUCCUCGUGAAGGGCGAAGGCCUCUGAUAGAUCAACUGCGCCAGGAGCGCCAGCGGAGGCCGUCGCCACGACGACCCUCCCGAAGUCCGCCCCGGCCUCGGUCGCGCAGCCGGUCCCGGUCGCCACCCAGACAGCGUUCUCCCAGCCGUCGCCGGGACAGCCGGCCACGAGACAGCCGCAGGAGGGACAGCCGCGGCCGACGCUCGCCCUCUCGGCGCAGCCCAUCGCGGCGGCGACGUAGCCGCUCAGAUAGCAGGCAACCGCGUGGCAGGAGAGGCCGCUGA